AUGGAACAUCCAAAGUUCCGCAGAACACGAAAUGGAGACCUGCUGCUGAAGGCCUCACCAGAGGCCCUGGCCGUUGGCCCUCGACGGGCUGCUGGUGAGGCCCCAUACAGGGCAAAAAAGCCCGAGGAGGUGGAUGCAGAGGCAUGGGCCCACGUCAGCUCCAAGGGUGGCGACACCAGCAACGCCACCCUGGUCCUGAGCCGGUGGAAGGUCCAGUUCGGCCGAUACCUGGGUAAGACCUUCCACUGGCUCCUGGAGAAUGACGUGGGCCAUGCAGUCAACCUGGUUGCCUCCCACCAGAAGGAGCGAGAGAGGACAGGGUCUCAGUCCCCACUCAUGGCCAACAAGGAUGCCUUCACCCGCUACUCCUCGGCGUACCCUGACUUCGUGGAGGCAGUCAGGUUUCACCGUGCGUUCGAGGAGGCGCGGGUGAAGUCCCUCCAGCCUGGACAGGAGGGACAGGCCCUUGUUGGCUUUGGGGACUUCAAAUAUGAGACCCUGCAGAGCCUGUACGAGUCGAAGGACCCCAAACACAUCCGAGUUGUCGACUACCUGAGGAGGACGGCGCCGGCUCCUGGCACGCAGAUGGAGAACGCUGUCCGCUACGUCCGGGGCAGGGACAGACAGAGAGCGAGGACUGCUGCUGCUGCUGCAUCGUCCACCACCACUGCCAGCAGCAGCAGCAGCACAGCCUCUGUCUCGGCCGCCAGCCAGAGAUCCAGGAGCUCCUCUCAGCCUCUGAGUUCUAAGCUGGCGGCCUUUGUCUCCGGGAGGCGUUCUCUGUCUGCGGUGGAAAUGCAGGCCAAAGUGCUUAAGAUGGUGGCCCCUAAGCCUGCAUUUCCAGCCUCCUCCUUUGCACCCUUCAGACCAGCUCUCCCCUCAACACCAUCUGAGGAGCCCUCAGAUAAAGAGCUGGUCCAAGCGGUAGUCGACAUGGAGCAGUCAGCAGCAGGAGAUGCUGCAGCCCAGCCGCCGCCUAAGGAGGACUCUGAGCCAGCCUUCCUCCCUCCCCUUCCACCUGCUGGCAGUGCAGAGCUGCUGCCUCAGUCCUGGCGGGCAGCUCUGACUGCAGAGCAGCAGGAGUGGAUCGGCCGGGUGCUGUUUUCCAGGGGCAGCCGGGGGAGGUCCCAGCUGAACCAAGACCUCAAUCUCUGGUGGUACCCCCCCCAAGCCCGGCCGGUCUACAACCAGCCUCCCGCGUCCCCCGACCCCUUCUUUGCAUGUCGGCUGUUUGUCUGGAUGCCACACCGCAUGUGGCGUCUGCAGCUGACAUGCCCCCAGCCUUUGUGCACCGGGUCCAUGACAAAGGCUGGGCUGUACAGGACCAUCCGGAGGGUCCUAGACAUUGACGGCUGGUAUCUCAUGGCCACUGAGUACCUGAGCUGCCGUCAAUGUAAGAAGAAGGUCGGAGGAUGGUCACAGGGCAUUGUUAGGCAGCUGUCCCCCACCUACAGCUGCCAAUUCCCAGCUAUACUGACGUAUAGGCUGUCCUGUGACCUGAGGGUGGUUGCGCAGCUGAGGUCCCGCACUUUGGGAAACAGUGCUGCUCGGUUGCACAACACCCUCCGGGAGGCACAUUCAGAAGCCUGGAUGCGGAGAGCGAUCCAGUACCUCGGCGUGUGCGAGCAGUUCCUGGCCUUGUGCGUGGUGAGGGGGCAGUUUCCACCACCACCGGAGAUGCCCCCUGUCCCUUCACCCAUCUGGCUGCUGACCGUCUACAGCUAUGACGUUCUCAUGCGGCUGGAUGAGUACAAGGCCAGGAUCACGUCCACCUUCGGAUCCAUCUUAAAGAUGGAUUCCACCAAGAAGGUGACGAAUAAGCUCGCUGGUACCGCCGCAGACACGGCCGCCUGGGCCACCAACAUAGGCAACGAACAUGGGCAGGUCCUCAUCAGCGUCCUCACCAGCUCCGAGGGCUCUGACGGCCUGUCCAUGAUGGCGGCCGGGUUAAUGAGGCGGUACCGACUCGCCGGGGUACCCCCCCCCCAGCUCCUAUAUGUCGAUCGGGACUGCUGCAACAGAGACGGCUUGUCCAAGACAGCUGCCUUGUUUUCGGUGUGAAAUGUUU